AUGUUCCGCGGUAAGCGGGAAACCCCCGUAAACGGCACUUCGGCCACCCACCCACCCACCACCCCAAUCCAACCAAGCACCUACACUCUCUAUCUAGAAGUCCACAACCGCAACGAGCUAUCCCUCGGCGACAGCCGUCGCCGCCUCGGUUUCUCCGCCUACCACUGGACCAUCCUGCUCUCCGACAAAGAAAACAAGCACUUCCACGUCUACGACGUAACCGACGGCUCCUCCCCGGACUGUGUAACCCGCGAGCCAAAGCCAGACCACGAGUGGACCUACCGCGCCAGGAACGACGUCGACCCGGACACCUGCGAGUCGCGCCUUGUUCGCAUGACGAUUGGCGAGGUCAGGGCUGGUCUUGGUCCAGAGAUUAUCAAGGGUUUGCUUCAAUCUGUGCCGUUGCCGGUUAAGGGCGCUGUGCCGGAACAGAGCUGUGUUACUUGGACCAAGGUGGCGCUUUGUAAGCUUAGGGCUCAUGGGUAUGCGCGGUGGAUUGGGGAUGUUGAGAUGCUUGUUGCUAGGGCUUUGGCGUAUGCUGAUUUGAGGUUGGCGGAUCCGAAGGAUUCGGUGGGUUUUAUUGAUUAUCUUGGGAAUCAGGUGUGA